AUGUCCAUUGUGGAUUCGGGCGUAAUGCUGCGGAGCUACUCCGGGCAGCUCUCCCAGGUCAAGGUUCAGGCCCUGCUCAGCGUUCGCUUUAGCGACAGGGAGUACCAGGAAGCUAGCCUGCAUGCGGUGAAAGUUGUCCCCAGCCUCCUGACCGAGGUCCAGUCCCUGUUCCAGACAGGGGUGGCCACAUUCCCUGGCACGACGGCUCGCAUCUAUGCACCCGAGAGAGCACGGCCGCGUUAUUUCAAGACUCGUCCACUGCCGCUCGCUCUGAAGGACAGGGUCACACAGAAGCUGCAAAAGCUGCAACGAGAGGGCAUCCUGGUGCCCAUCAAAACCAGUGUCAGGAUCGGCGGAGAUUUCAAGGGGACCAUCAACCCAGUCGCUACCAUCGAGAAGCACCCGUUUUCAUGGAUUGAAGAUCUCUGGUCAGUGUUUUCCGGUGGACGGAAGUUCACCAAGCUAGACCUCAGAGAUGCUUACCAGCAGCUGGCGCUCCAGGAUGCCGCCCGGAAGUAUGUUACAAUAUCGAAAACUUUGGGGCUCUUCCAGUACACGCGCUUACCUUUUGGCAUCGCCUCAGCCCCAGCCCUAAUUCAGAGGGAGAUGAGCAACCUCUUCAGGGGCGUGAGACACGUGGCGGUGUACUUCGAUGGCAUCCUGGUUACUUUCAGCGAGGACGGGGAACACCUGCAAAUUCUGUGCAAUGUCGUGGCACUACUGCAGGGCGCAGGUCUCGAGUUCAAACGGGAAAAAUGA